AUGCGACGUGAAGACUGGACACAGGAAAAAGCUAAGGAAUCUGACAAACCUGACAGACAAGAGAAUAAAGAUCCAGAAACUGAAAGGACUUCAAAGAUAUUAUCUACAUGCACAGAAGUUUGUGGUAAUGACACUUUCCAUGGAAAAUCAUGUGGAAAAACAAUCCUUGUUGAAGUUCAUCCCAAGAAUGAUCCGCAGAAUUCCAUAAGAUUGUACGCAAUACUGGAUGAUCAAAGCAACUCAUGCCUGGCAAAAUCAAAAUUCUUUGAUCUCAUGAACAUUUACACUAAGGAAAUUCCCUACUCCUUAUCAACUUGUUCAGGAACGACAAAAACAUCUGGACGACGAGCAGCAAAUUUUCAAGUGAGAUCCCUCUCUGACGACUGUACUCUGGAUCUGCCUACAUUGAUCGAAUGCAACGACAUUCCCAAUUUCAGAGAAGAAAUUGCUACUCCUGCAGUAGCCAGAAGCCACGACCAUCUUACCGACAUUGCUGAUUGCCUGCCACCCCUUGAUGACUCAGCAGAGAUUCUCCUGCUUAUUGAAAGAAACAUGACUGAAGGCUUCCAUGUUAAGGAUCAGCGGGUCGGUUUGAAACACUCACCAUAUGCCCAAAGACUCCCAUUAGGUUGGGUUGUGAUAGGAGAGACCUGUCUCGGAAAACAACACAUAACAGAUGCUGUUAACGUAAACAAGACAUACACAAGCUAUGGACGACCAACACUGCUGAAACCAUGUGUCAAUAAUUUCAUGAUUAAACCCCUCCUUGAGAGACAGAGUAAGAAUACUGAUGUUUUUGAGACAACUGAAACUGAUGGCAGACCUGGUCUUUCAACUGAAGACCGUCAUUUUCUCGAAAUUUUAGAUGAGGACAUGUACCAGGGUGAGAAUGGGACCUGGACUGCACCUUUACCAAUGCGCAACCCACGGCCCCAUCUACCAAACAACAAGUUACAAGCAAAACAAAGGGCUCAAGCACUACAUAAAAGCCUGAACAAAGAUGAAAAUAAGAAGAAACAAAUGGCGGAGUUCAUGACAAGCAUCUUGAAGGCAGGGCACGCUGAAAUUGCACCUCCGGUUGAGAAUGAUAAAGAAGUAUGGUAUUUACCUCUGUUUGGUGUUCGUCAUCCACGCAAACCCGAUCAAAUUAGAGGUGUAUUUGACGCAUCAGCUGCAUAUGAAGGCAUCUCCCUCAACAGUAUCUUGCUACAGGGACCAGACUUGAUGAACAGACUCCUCCACGUUCUACUGAGCUUCAGGAAAGAACCCGUAGCAAUAAUGGGUGAUAUUGAGAAGAUGUUCUGUUGCUUCCAAGUGCAUACAAGUGCAAGUGAAGACUUCCUACGUUUCUUCUGGCACAGAGACAACAAUCUUUCUGAAGACCUGAUAGAAUAUCGAAUGACAGUGCACGUCUUUGGAAAUAAAUCCUCACCUGCCAUCGCCACAAGUGGUCUUAGAAGAAUUGCUGGAUGUGCUGCUGAGAAAUUCGGUUCUGAUGUUGAAGAUUUCGUCAACAAGAACUUUUAUGUAGAUGAUGGUUUGACCUCUCUGCCCACAGACGACGAAGCAAUAAACCUAUUGCAACGGACUCAAGACGCCCUCAAGACUUAUGGAAAGAUUGCCUCCAACAGUGUGAAGGUAAUGGAAGCAUUUCCAUCUGAAGAUAGAAACAAGGAUCUGCAGAAUAUAGACUUCACAGACCUGGGAAGUGCCUACCCCCUGCAAAGUAGUCUCGGUGUCUCUUAG